AUGUAUAUUUCUGACGUGAAAACGAAGACAACCGUGGCAACAGGAAAUCCAGAAAUCCUGACUUCAGGAAACCAUAGCAACAGCGCUGAAGGAAACAAAUUUUUCGUUCUGAGGCAUCUGCCAAUAAAGGAACCGUACGCAGAAAAAAAGUACUCUAAAUGUUCAUUUCAUAAUUAUCUUACUUACACAUGUUAUACACUAUCAUCUUAUCAGGUUUUCAUAUUUGUAACAGGACCUGUGAUUGGUCGCUUUUGCAUGGACUUUGCCAUAAAGAAAGCAAAAGAAGCCGGUAUUGGUUGGGUGUCGGCACGAGGUUCAAAUCAUUUUGGAAUCGCCGGCUGGUAUGGUCUGCAUGCAUUAAAGCACGGAAUGAUUGGUAUGGCAUUUACAAAUACAUCACCUUUGUUGGUUCCCACAAGAGCCAAACAGGAAGUGCUGGGUACCAAUCCAAUAUGUGUUGCGGCACCAGCCAAAGAUGGCGAUAGUUUCGUAUUUGAUAUGGCUAACUGCCGUGGCGUUAGGAAAGACUUAGCGGACCGCAAGGAUCAACCUAUACCUGUUGGCUGGGCAGUGGAUAAAGAUGGGAAAUCAACAACAGACCCUAAACAAGCAACAGGUUUAAGUCCUCUGGAAGGAGCAGAGAAUACAUAUAUGUGUAUAUUUAAAUAG